AUGACGAAUUACAGCGGGAAUAGUCUGCACAACAACGGCCAGACUGCGAACCACGUCAGGGAGCGAAACGGGAGAAAGUGCAGCGGCAGCAGCAGCGGCGGCAGCGGUAGUAGCGGCAGCGCGUUCCUCCGGGUGUCCCUGCGUGGGUAUGGGUUCUGCAUGGGCACGCUGUUCGUCUUCUGCCUCGGAUCUCUCCUCUACCAGCUCAACGGAGGACCCCCACAAAUCCUGCUAGACAUCCGACAGUAUCUCGGUGAAUCAACCUUUCAGGAUGACCACAAAUUCCUCGCCCCUAGAGUCCUCACCUUCCCGUCCCAGGUGGUCUACAACCGCGUGGGGAAGUGCGGCAGUCGCACCGUCGUCAUGUUGUUGAAGCUUCUGGCAGAAAAGCAUCACUUCAACCUGGUGUCGUCCGAGAUCCACAACAAGACACGCCUCUCCAAACACGAGCAAGUCUCACUCAUGAAGAACAUCACGUCGAUCCCAGAGCCGUUUCUGUUCACCAGACACGUUCACUUUCUCAACUUCACCAGUUUCAAAAUAGAACAACCAGUUUAUUUCAACAUUAUCCGAGACCCGAUCAACCGCUUCCUCUCCAAUUACUUCUUCAGGAGAUUCGGAGACUUCAGAGGAGAGCAGUUUCACCUUCUACGAACUCCCAACAUGAAGGACGAGGAGCGAUACUUGGACAUUAAUGUAUGUAUUCUGGAAAACUACCCAGAAUGCUCCAACCCUCGGAUAUUCUACAUUAUUCCUUAUUUCUGUGGACAGCAUCCAAAGUGCAGGGAGCCGGGAGUGUGGGCGUUGGAAAAGGCCAAACAGAACGUGAUGGAGAACUAUCUGCUUGUUGGGAUUUUAGAGGAACUGGAAGAUGUGCUGCUGCUGUUGGAGCGCCUCUUACCGCAGUACUUCUCUGGGGCAGUGGAUAUCUACAAGGGUCCAGACUAUAUGAAGAUGGGGAAACUGACAAGUACAGUCCGUAAAUACACGCCCACUCUGGAAGCUCUGCAGGUUCUCUAUCACCGCAUGAGCUUUGAGUACGAGUUCUAUAACUUCAUCCGGGACCAGUUCCACCUCCUGAAGAGGAAGAUUGGCCUUAAAUCCGAGGCCAGGCCUCCAGCCUACUCUCCUGAAUUCCUGCAUGAGCUGGCCGUGCGGACGCCAGAGCCCCUGGAUGAAGACGAGGAGCUGGACAAUGCCUUAGAGGACGCCAACAGCUGGCCCAUCCAGAUGUGA